AUGGUGGAGAAACGUAACAAAGAUAGAAUCAGCGAAUUACCUGAUACGUUAAUCCAUCACAUUCUGUCUUUCCUAAACAUUGGACAUGUUCUACGAACCUCUUUUCUGUCGAGAAGAUGGAGGUAUCUCUGGGUUUCUCUAAGAAUAUCCGAUCACUCUAUGGAUCGGAUGGAUUGGAAUGUGGAAGACUCUUUUAAAGCCUUGAACAGAUAUAUUAUUUUUGUGGAUAGAUUACUACUUCUGCGUGAUAGUUCAUCAGAUAUCCAGACCUUGGAACUUAGAUGGGAAAACGUUGGUAACUUCAAAAGUGAUUUGGGUUUUAAGUACGACGUUUCAAGACAUGUCGCAACAUGGAUUAUGGCUGCUGUUAAGCAUAAUGUUCAAGAGCUAAAUCUUACUUUGUUUCUAAGAGAGAUGAUUAAAUUGCCCGACUGUUUGUUCACCUGCAAAUCACUGACAAAGUUAAGUGUUCAUGGGUUUGGCAGGGAGUUGACAUCCUUUGGUCUGCCUGAUGUUGCUGUGUAUAAUUUCUCUCGGCUAAGAUAUCUGGAGCUUAAGGGAGUCUCACUUGCGGAUGAAAACUUAACUUGUAAGUUUUUUUCAAGCUGCCCAGUUUUAGAGUCAUUGGUGUUAGCAGACUGCAGUAUAAGUUUCAACUUUUCAUCUCUUAGUCUUAAACACUUUCACCUGGACAAUUGUGAGUCUAUUGAUUACUUUGACAUCACUAUUAAGUUAUCUGCUCCAAAUCUCACAUCCCUUGUCUGCAAAGAUUAUAUGUCACAAGACUAUUCCUUAAAGAACCUUUCUUCUCUGGUCACCGCUGAUAUUGGAAUGACAAUGAGCGACGGUUAUAGACUGGAAGAAACGCCGAAAGCUAUUUCAGAGCUUUCUAGAGAUGUUAAAGAGUUGUACGGUGCUCGAAUGAUAGAAUUUAUAAGAGCGGUACCCAACGUGACAGAUCUCACGUUGUCCUCACCUGGGUUCCUCGAGGUUGUAGCAUGGGUGUCAAGUAACUGCUUGAAUGCGAUAGCAUACUUGGUCAGGAUUUCCCCUAAUAUUGAAUCUAUUUGCUUAACAAUUGAGCAGACAGAGUUAAAUGCAAACAAUACAGGAGGUGAUUGGAUAGUAGGGUCGCCAUUUCCUUGCCUGCACUACCUCAAGUUUGUUCAAAUUCAGGGUAUCCAAGGAUGUUUUAAUGAACUCAAGUUUUUACAAAUUUUGUUAAAGAAAGCCAUAAUCUUGGAGAAAGUAAAGCUUUUCUGUUGUAAAAGAGACUCACCUGAUAGAACCAAACAAAUGAUGCAAUUCAAAGACAUGCUACCUGCAUUUCCUAGUACUUCUUCAAGUGUCUCAAUCUCAAUGCAGUUGUAG